AUUUCCCUAACUCACCAUUGCAUCAGAACUCGAGUUUUCUUCAGCAUACCACAUUUACUUCUAAACCAUUCAAAAUGGCCCGUACCAAGCAAACAGCCCGCAAAUCCACAGGUGGGAAGGCACCAAGGAAGCAGCUAGCCACCAAGGCUGCCAGAAAGUCAGCUCCGGCGACUGGAGGAGUGAAGAAGCCUCACCGAUUCAGGCCUGGAACUGUUGCACUCAGAGAAAUCAGGAAGUAUCAGAAGUCUACUGAGUUGUUGAUAAGGAAGCUUCCUUUCCAGAGGCUGGUGAGGGAAAUUGCACAGGAUUUCAAGACAGAUCUGAGAUUCCAAAGCAGUGCUGUGGCUGCUCUACAAGAGGCCGCUGAGGCUUACCUUGUUGGGCUCUUCGAAGACACCAAUCUCUGUGCCAUUCAUGGUAAGAGGGUUACCAUUAUGCCAAAAGACAUUCAGCUUGCUAGGAGGAUUCGUGGAGAAAGGGCUUAGGAACAAGCUUGUUAGUGUUUAUCUGUCUAAUGUUCUGUUGUUGGGAUUCUAGGGUUUAGGUGGUUUACUAGUAUUCUGGAUCUAGUCAAUGAAAUUUGUACUUUGUUUUUUGUUCAAUUAAUCUUGCCCUUACAUCUGCCUGUUAUUUGCCCAAAAUUGAAGAUUGAAGCACUACUUGGUGUGGAUAUUAAUAGAAAUAUUACAUAUCAUAAUAUUGA